AGGGGGAAAAAAAAACCAGAAACAAAAAGAAGAGACAAAUCGUGGCAAACACAAAAAUUCCACGUGAAUUACAGAUCAAGGUGAGAGAUUUUGGGAGGGGAUCGGUCCUUUUCGUUUCUCUUCAGUUCAAUUCCUUUUCUGUCCCUGUCUCAUUCUCUCGCACUCGCGAUAUCCAAACAAGCUCGCGGAUUUUCUUUCGCGGUGAUCGUUGGUGAGUGUAGGAGAUGGAUUUGGUGUCUGGUUACAAGGGGGUUGUUGGUCUCGUUUUUGGCAAUGAGAAUUCUUCUUCAAAUGAAGAUAGUUAUGUUGAACGCUUGCUCGAUCGCAUAAGCAAUGGUGUACUGGCAGAGGAUAGAAGGACAGCUAUUGCAGAACUGCAAGCUGUCGUAGCAGAAAGUCAUGCUGCCCAACUUGCAUUUGGAGCAAUGGGUUUUCCUGUCAUUUUAGGAGUCUUGAAGGAUGAACGGGAUGAUGUUGAAAUGGUUCGGGGUGCUUUAGAAACCCUUUUUAGUGCUUUGACUCCCAUUGAUCAUGCGAAAGGACAAAAGAACGAGGUUCAACCAGCUUUGAUGAACACUGAUUUGCUUUCCCGAGAAGCAGAUAGCAUUUCUCUUCUGUUAGGUUUAUUGUCUGAGGAUGAUUUCUAUGUACGAUAUUACACACUUCAAAUUAUGACUGCCCUUCUCACAAAUUCACCAAACAGGUUACAGGAAGCUAUUCUGACCAUCCCACGUGGAAUAACACGGCUCAUGGAUAUGCUUAUGGAUCGUGAGGUCAUUCGGAAUGAGGCCUUACUACUUCUUACUUACUUGACCCGUGAGGCUGAAGAGAUUCAAAAAAUUGUGGUCUUUGAAGGCGCGUUUGAGAAAAUCUUUAGUAUUAUUAAAGAAGAAGGAGGUUCCGAGGGCGGUGUUGUGGUGCAGGAUUGUCUUGAAUUGUUGAACAAUCUUCUUCGUACUAAUGCAUCUAAUCAGAUACUACUUCGGGAGACUAUGGGCUUUGACCCCUUGAUAACAAUCUUAAAACUUCGAGGAACUACAUACAGUUUCACCCAGCAAAAGACAAUCAAUUUACUCAGUGCACUGGAGACCAUUAAUUUGUUGAUUAUGGGAGGUUUAGAGGCUGAGGCUGCAAAAGAUGCAAACAAAAUGACUAAUAAAACAGUUCUGGUUCAGAAGAAAGUGUUGGACAAUCUCCUUAUGUUGGGUGUUGAAAGCCAAUGGGCUCCUAUUGCAGUUCGUUGUGCGGCUUUAAGGUGCAUUGGCAAUCUGAUUGCUGGACAUCCCAAGAAUCGUGAUUCCCUUGCGAGCAAAGUUCUUGGUGAUGGUCUCCAAGAAGAAUCAGCUUUAAAUUCUAUUCUUCGAAUCAUUUUGCGAACAUCCAGUAUACAAGAGUUUGUUGCAGCCGAUCAAGUUUUCAAGAGCUUUUGUGAUGGAAAUGGUGAUGGUCAAGCGAUGUUAGCAUCUACGUUAAUUCCUCAACCACUUCCAAUGAUCCAUGCUCCCCUUGAGGAGGAUGUUAACAUGUCAUUUGGAAGCAUGCUCUUACGUGGCCUUACUUUGGGUGAAAAUGAUGGCGACCUUGAGACAUCUUGCAGGGCUGCUAGUGUUCUUUCUCACAUCCUCAAGGAUAAUAACCAUUGCAAGGAAAAGGUUAUUCGAAUUGAACUCGAGGCACCCACGCCAUCAUUAGGAGCUCCAGAGCCACUGAUGCACCGAAUUGUCAGAUACUUGGCUGUCGCCUCGUCUAUGAAAAAUAAAGAUGGAAAGUCCUGUGCCAUGGGGAACUCGUAUAUUCAACAAAUCAUCCUGAAAUUACUUGUCACCUGGUUAGCAGAUUGUCCAACUGCAGUGCAUUGCUUCCUAGAUGCACGUCCCCACCUAACAUAUAUGCUCGAGUUAGUGGCAGACCCAUCUGCAACUGUAUGUAUAAGAGGGUUGGCAGCUGUUGUUUUGGGAGAAUGUGUU